AGGUUUAUUUCUCUUCAUAAAAAAAAAACACAUAGGAAGUGCCUCAUACUUCCCUCUCAUCUGAUUGGCCGCGCUCUCGGUCCUUCAAUUCUUCUUCUAGCCAAUCGUCGACGCGCAGGCGCAGUCGCGGGGCCGCCUCCUCAGAUAGCGGCUCGCAUCGUCCCCUGCUCGUCGGUGGUUUUCCGUCAACCUCCAUUUUCUCUCCCGCACCCCGUCGUUCCCGCCGCGCCCGCGAGCGGCCCUGCUCGCCGUGGAGCCGACGCGGUGCUGACGCGGCGGCAGGAGCUGUCUGAGGCGGACGAAGUGAGAUGCAUCCCCGGGGGGCGCUGAACCUGUUCCAUCCCGCACACAAAGCCUGAGAAGCAGGCCGUGGUUUUUUUUUUUUUCUUCUUCUUCUUCUUCUCUCUCUCUCUCUCCGUCACGCAGGAACACGGAUGAUGCUCCAACAUGUCGGGGAAUCAAUUCAAAGGACAAGAAGUGAGCUGCUGCAUCAAAUACUUCAUCUUUGGAUUCAACAUCCUGUUCUGGCUGUUGGGCAUGGCCCUAGUUGGAAUUGGACUGUGGGCAUGGAGUGAGAAGGGGGUCCUGUCCAACAUCUCAUCCAUCACAGACCUCGGCGGUCUGGACCCAGUCUGGCUCUUUAUGGUGGUGGGGGCCGUCAUGUUCAUUCUGGGGUUUGCCGGAUGCAUCGGAGCGCUGCGAGAAAACACCUUCCUGCUCAAGUUUUUCUCUGUGUUUCUCGGAAUCAUCUUUUUCUUGGAGCUGACGACAGGAGUCCUGGCGUUUGUCUUUAAGGACUGGAUUAAAGACCAGCUCAACCUGUUCAUCAACAAUAACAUCCGGGCGUAUCGGGACGACAUCGAUCUCCAGAACCUCAUCGAUUUCACUCAGGAAUACUGGGAGUGCUGUGGUGCGUUCGGAGCAGAUGACUGGAACCUGAACAUCUAUUUCAACUGCACUGAUGUGAAUCCCAGCAGGGAGAAGUGCGGAGUUCCUUUCUCCUGCUGCACCAAGGACCCGGCGGAGGAUGUGAUCAACACUCAGUGUGGAUACGACAUUCGAGCUAAACCAGACUUGGAGCAGAAGGACUACAUCAAUGUAAAAGGCUGUGUGCCGCAGUUCGAGAAGUGGCUGCAGGACAACCUCACGUUAGUGGCGGGGAUCUUCAUCGGAGUCGCACUACUGCAGAUUUUUGGGAUUUGUUUGGCCCAGAACUUAGUGAGUGACAUCGAGGCUGUGAGGGCAAGCUGGGUGCCCCCCCCUCUCUCCAUGCGUCGACCCCCACCACACUCCAGCAAGAAAGCAUCGGCUUACUACUCAUGAGACACACACACACGUGCUGUAUGUGUGGUUGUAGCCGUUUCUUUACCUAAUGCGGAAACGGCAUUUCAACCUCUAACAGUCUUUGACACACCUCCUUGAACAGAGCGUCAGGGAGCGUUCAGAGGACGUCACCGAUCACCUGCACCACUUUGCUCACUGAACCAGCACCUUUUGCAAGGCACUAAUAUGUGAGAGUCUGCUCUGUAUAUAACACUGUGUGUGACUACUGUAAACAGAUAACUGUGUGGUUAAACAUGCACUACAUGCAGAUCAUCACAACGCUCCAGUUUUGAUAGCUACUGUUAGUGUAGAGACUAGAGGUUUUGAUACAUCUUUUUGAUAUUAGAUCAGUAUUUUUCACUGUGGAAAUAUGGUUCCAUCGCUAAACCCAUCUGAAUUAGUGUAUAAAAGUUCAAAGUUCAGCGCUCGGCUUACCUAGCUUUACUACUUUUCCACGACAUAAUGCACAGGAGGGGGAAAGUGUCUAAAGUUACAAAACAUUGUCCGGUUCCUGUUUUAUUUCUCGAAAAUAAUUAUUUGAGGAUCCUCCAACCUCGAAGGAAAACCACAAUAGUUCAAUGACAGAGAAGAAUUUACACUAUAUGCUGUAUUUAUCCAAUACGGAAGAUAAACAAUGACAAACUGAGUGUACGUGUCAGAGCAGAAUCAGAUUUCAGUUACUCAAAGGAAGUAACAUCUCAUUAUAAGAGCUAAACACAUUUAGAAAUGAUAUAAUAAACUUAAUUUGUAUAGCGUUUUUCAAAACACAGUUGCAAAGGGUUUGACAAUGAGCGAGACUCAGUUCAGUGGCUGGCUCCUUCAGAGGACGCGGUCUACGCAACCCACAAAGGCCGAACCGAAGUAAAUCUGGUCUACAGAGGAUUUUUCAGAAUUGGCUUCAAUGAAUUGAGGGACGGCAAUUUCCACCUUUCCUUUGUCUGAGUACGGCCCAGCGUUUCCUGAAGGAGAUAUGUUAGGAAGCAUCGAAGCUCCUUUCCUCAGCAUUCAGAGAAUUGGAGCAGCUCUUUUCUUAACACUGUUCUAAGAAAAAGUAAAGUAGUCAGGUGCAGCCCUGAGACUCUCUGAGCCCUGAGACACCGUCUCUUCUCAUCUAUUCACUAACAUGGAAUUUUUAUUUUGUGCUCGGCGACUGUCCAUCCGCAGUGAGGACAUUAGUGCGUUCAGUCCCGAUGACGACUUUGAGCUAAAAAUUCUCCACAUUCUAACUCGUCCUCGUAAACAGGAAAUGACCAUGAGGUACUUCCAACUAAUUGGCAUAAUGAGUUCAUGCUCAACCAGUGGACUAACAGGAAACUCAGUUCAUUACAUGAUGGAGUUUUCUUUUUACGAAAUAAACAUUUUAAUGACCGCUAUGUAGCACCAACAUGGUGGGCGUUACUGUGGUACAACUUCAAGGAUCAAUGUUCCCGUCACACUAAGUAUUGAAAACUGUCAAAUAAAUAUCUGGCCUCAGAUGUAUUCUCGUUUGACGCCAUUUUAUCAUAAAAGGUUCUUGUUAAAGAAAACGCUGGCUUCUAAAGUUUAAAAAAAAAAAGAGAUUUGGACCUGGCUACAAUCCACAUGCACGUCGAUAGAUGGUGUACUCAUUCCCAACCUUUAAAUAACCACCACCAGCCUUUAAACUAACUGUACAUUCCAGAGUUCAUCUGCCGCGAGGCUUCCACAGUCUUGAGUUUUCCAGUCCAGUUGCGUUGCGGUGUUAAUCGCAGGCAGCUGCCACCAGGACGUAGCCUGCUGCUGCGGCUCAGGAGAAUUUCACACGGAAGAGAAAAAAACAAACAAACCGCAACACAGAUUGAGACAAACUCAGACUGUCACGAAGCCCUACCCUCAGCUCGCUCUCACAUGGAACAAGAAGGAUUUUUUUUUUUUUUAACAUUGCAGUAAUUAUUUCAAGGCCGGUGUGGAGAGCGGUUAUGAUGUCAGCAACAAGUCUCUGAACAUGCGUGCACCAUGUUGUAAUAUACUACCAUUAAAUGGGGAAAAAAACUAAUGUUUAAAUGGCAUUGAAAAGCUUUGGUGUUGGUGUAUGGCAUCGGAAUUCAGAUACUGUAUCGGUGCUUGUGUUGAAAAGUCCUACUAUUAUAGAACAAUGCAACAGACCUGAAGGUUUGACAAAUGACCCUUAAUUCCCAUCUUUAAUAAAAAUGUUUAAGUCCAGAUAAACAAGUGACUACAAAUGUAAUGUUGUCAUUUCAUAUGAUUAUUACUUUUUUUUAAUGUGGUUUCAUGUAAGUUGGGGGAAACAGUCAUGAAUUGUUGUGUUUAAGGACUUUUUAAUAUUGUGAGAUGGGCUUUUUUUUACUUUCCUCAUACGUCACUGCACUUACUUGAAUGAGAACAAGUCUGGCACGUGUGUCCCAUGAUUGUCUUUCACUGUGUUUGCUACUGAUUCAGAGCUGAGACUAGAAUCCAGCCCUAGAAUUUCAAAAAGAGUUAACAUGUUCUUUUUAAAUCACUGUUUUCGUCUGAUGGUUGAAAGUGAUUUAUUCCCAUAAAGCAUUCAUCACUGGUUUUGUUUGUUGCGAAGUUAUUUCAGCAGUAAAUGAUCUAGAUCUAAAUGUCAGUGUUCAACUACGCAAAAGGGAUCAACGCUGUUUUUGAUACUUAAUAUUUAUUGUAUGUUUGAUUUGGUUUUAUAAUUUCCCUUUGUAUUGUCCAGAUUAUGUUUUUGUUCUCCUGAAGCUUAUUUCUCACUCUACAGACCGAGUGUUAUAUUUUACGAGGGGGCGCGGAGGAGUUGUACAGGCCUCGUCUCUCACUCAUCACUACCUGUUUCACUUUCAACGAUUGUCUCUACGAUCACAUUACACUGAUGAGGCUAAACAUUAUGGAGCACUGCUGGCUUUUAUGGCUUUUGAGCCUCCAAAUCAGUGUCACCGCACAGGUCCCGCUUGACCCGCACGACCUCUGAAAGUGCCCUGCGGUAGUUCCAGCCUGCUCCCGUCCCAACACCCUGUGGUCCCGUUCAUGGUCUGGGGUAGACCCUCGUCACAAGCCCCCCCCCCGGCUGGUUUGGAGAAGCUCUGACCGACACAGUGGUGGUGAUUUGGCCCCUCGUCACCACGGCCUUCACACAAUCCU